UUUUUAUUAAGUAUAUAAUUGCACAAAUUCUUUUUAUUGAUCUAAAGUAGUUGUAGUAAAGUAUACUUUGUAUAUACAAAAACCAUGAAAAUCAUCUGGCUGUUUUUAUUUAUUUCAUCAUCAACAUUUGCUCUCGAGAACAAAAAUGAGAAAAAAGCUAUUAAACUUGCACCUUGCCAAUCGUGUAGAACUUUAGUGGACUCCUUCAAAAAAGGUAUGGAUAGGACAUCAAGGGGCAAAUAUGAAGGUGGAGAUGCAGCUUGGGAAGAGCAAAAAUUAGGCAGCUAUAUGACAAGUGAAAUUAGGUUAGUUGAAAUUCAAGAAAAGCUUUGUAACGAUGUAGAUCGAGGCCAAGAUCAAUGUCACACAUUAGCGGAAACUAAUGAAGGACUUAUAGAAGAAUGGUGGUUCAAACAUCAAGAAAACGAUUUUAAUCUCCACCAGUGGUUGUGCAUAGACAGGUUAAAAGUAUGUUGUCCUAUCGAGCAUUUUGGACCAGAAUGCCUCCCUUGUGAGGGCUACCCUAAAGUUUGUAAUGGCAAUGGACAGUGUAAAGGAAACGGCACACGUUUGGGUAAUGGCAAAUGCAUAUGCGAUAAAGGAUACAGUGGCGAUAUAUGUGCUCAUUGUGCUGAUGGAUUUUAUGAAUCUUAUAAAGAUGAUGAAAAAUCAUUAUGUUCUCAAUGCCAUACAGCAUGCAAAGGCCCAUGUACGUCAGGUGGAGUCAAAGGAUGUAAAGAUUGCAACAAAGGCUGGUUUAUGAACAAGGACAGCGGUUGCAUGGAUAUUAAUGAAUGUGUUGAAGUUAAAAAUCCUUGCAAAGUUAAUGAAUUUUGUGUUAAUAAUGAAGGCUCAUUUUCAUGCCUGUCCUGUGAUAAAGCCUGUAAGGGCUGUUCAGGUGAUGGUCCUGAUAUGUGUGAAAAAUGUGCCGAAGGGUAUGAACUUAAAGAUAAUAUCUGUGUGGAUGUCUCAAGCCAAGAACGUUCUACAUUUGUUAGUAUAACAAGAUACUUAACAUAUUUUGGGUUGUGUGUUGCCACUUGUAUUGUGCUGCAAAGUUCUACAACUUUGGCUGCUUUGUUUGGACUAGCAGUCGCAAUUUAUAUUUCAGUAUCAGAAUAUAUGUUAAAAACAAAUAAAGGAACCACACCACAAAUAGACCCUAAUUCAAUUGAUUGGCAAAGUCUACUAAAAAGUUCUUAGAUAAAUUGUAUAGAAGGUUAAAAUUAAAUAAUGAAAUUUGCCAAAAAUUUACUUAAGUGGAUGAAUAAUAUAUAUAUCAAAAUCAAGUUGAUAUUUUAAGAAAAUGUAUUGGAAGUUUGCAUGUAUUUUUACUAGUAC